GUCCUACAUACGCUCUUUUUUUUCCCCGUGAUAUGCGUUCUGGAAGUGCGCGCGCUGCAGGAAGGUCUCCGUUCGGGGCAGGAGGAGCCCCUGAUCUGACUCAAAUACUCAAGCACCUUCCUACCCUCCUCAAGGUUGCUCGUCAGAUCCCGGGCAUUUUUUUCGGUUUUUUAGUAACUAUGGUCAUUAUGCUCGUUUUUUUAGGAAAGAGACGCUUUCAGGAGCAGAUUAUCCCUGUUGCUGGGUUUCAUAUCCUUAUGCUCUUUUUCAUACGGGAGCUGUUAGUGGCGUGGAAAGUAGGUCAGCAGAGGCUGGCAGCGGUGUGGUUUCAAAAAGACAUCGAAAUAUCUUUAACAAAGGAUAUAGGAAUGCAGUACAAGGUCUCUUUAGACUAA